UUGUGCUAACCCGCCUGAACCGAUGAUUAGGCGUACGUUGCCAGAGAAACCGUGGAUUGAUCUAGCGAUUGACUUCCUCGGUCCUAUGCCUAACGGAGAGUAUAUCCUGGUGGUGAUAGAUUAUUAUAGCAGAUAUAUGGAGCUGGAAAUCAUGAAUAGGAUUACGGCCCAAGAGACGAUUCAAAGGUUGAAAAAGAUUUUCAGAACCUGGGGUUAUCCGAAAACCAUAACCUUGGAUAAUGGCAAACAAUUUGUUUCGCAGGAAUUCGCAAUAUUUUGUAAAACGCUCGGAAUUCAUUUAAACCAUAGUACACCGUACUGGCCCCAGGCAAACGGCGAAGUAGAGCGCCAAAACCGAUCCUUACUAAAACGGCUCAAAAUAUCAAAUGCGUUGUAUGGAGACUGGAAGAAAGAAUUGGAUGACUACUUGAUUCUCUAUAAUAACUCACCCCAUAGCGUGACAGGCAAGGCGCCGAGCGAACUUCUUCAAAACAGGAAACUCAGAUACAAACUACCUCAAAUGGACGAUCUCACUUCACUCCCUCCAGACGCAGAUUUCCGUGAUCGCGACACUCAGAAAAAAUUUCAAGGAAAACAACAAGAGGAUGCUAGGCGUAGGGCAAAGAUAAGUGAGAUAGAUAUCGGUGACACAGUUCUGGUCAAAAACCUAGUACCGAAAGACAAACUCUCCACCGAUUUUCAUAAAGAGAAAUUCCUGGUGGUAGACAAGAAAGGUUCAAAUGUCACCGUACAGUCAGAGGAUAAUGCGAAAUGUUACAAGAGGAAUACGUCACAUCUGCGUAAGAUAUCUGAGCCGUCUAGUAGCAAUCUAACGGGAAAUCAAAAUGAGGAACAACAUGUUCUAGGGCCACAUCAGAUACAGCCACAACAUAACAGUCCGUCAAUCGUAAAUGAAUCGGUGAUUAUCGAGCCAUUGAAGGAUAACCAGAAUAGUAGCCUGCUCAGAAGAUCGUCCCGGGUGCCAAGAGCAAGAUGUCGCUAUAGUCCAUAACAUUGGGUGUUAAACUUUUGAGUCAAAUAAAGGUUUAAAGCACUGUUAUGAAUCUAUGCCAAAUAAAAUAAAAAAAGGGAGAUGUGAUACCCUUCGUACCUACGUACGUCAUUAGUGUGAGUGAUUGUUUAUUAGUCCGAUUAGCAAGCUUCGUGUCUUAGUCAGUCUUACUCUAC